ACACUGGGCCUUCAUAGCCACAGAAGGUCUUUUGGUGCCAGCUGACAGUGUGCAUGCGCCCCCCCGCCCCACGCCGCCCUUUCCUGGGUGCCAAGCUCUUUCCAAACGACAUUUGCGUCCAUCUGGGCUCCCUCGUCCUAGCCUGGCUGCUCAAGCUCCAACUAAGGCAGCCUCUGGCCGCCCUCCCCAGGCCCAGGGCAGAAGCUGGCUGCUGGCCAGCGGUUGUCUUCUGGGUCGGUGGGGGUGGAGUCUGGCUGGUCUGUCCUCCACCCUUUCCGCCUCUUGGCAAGUCCUGAGCUGCACCUAAUGGCCCGGCCAAGGGGCAGAGACACGAGCGACUGGGGGCACCUCUGGUGACCAGGACCGGGCUGCGCUCCAAAGAGGCCGUUGGGCCUGGAGUAGGGUUGGGGGUCCGAGAGGAGUUAGGUGACAUCUCCCACCCCAUCUCGGGUCCAGCUGUUUCAGCCCCUCUCAGCGCGCCGAUACUGUUAGACCUCUCCCGUCCUCCAUCGCGUCCCGUGCCGCUCCCAAACCGCACGAUAAGCCCCACACGGAGUGCGCCAUAGGCCGGGGCGCGUCACGGGGCCGGGGCGGGGCGGGGCGGGGCGGGCCGGAGUCCGGACGUCGGGAGCGGGAUGGCGGCGGAGCAGGACCCCGAGGGGCGCGCGGCGGCGCGGCCGCUCCUCACUGACCUCUACCAGGCCACCAUGGCGCUGGGCUAUUGGCGCGCGGGCCGGGCGCGGGACGCCGCCGAGUUCGAGCUCUUCUUCCGCCGCUGCCCGUUCGAUGGCGCCUUCGCCUUGGCCGCCGGCUUGCGCGACUGUGUGCGCUUCCUGCGCGCCUUCCGCCUGCGGGACGCCGACGUGCAGUUCCUGGCCUCGGUGCUGCCCCCAGACACGGACCCUGCGUUCUUCGAGCACCUUCGGGCCCUCGACUGCUCCGAGGUGACGGUGCGAGCCCUGCCCGAGGGCUCCCUCGCCUUCCCGGGCGUGCCGCUCCUGCAGGUGUCCGGGCCGCUCCUGGUGGUGCAGCUGCUGGAGACACCGCUGCUCUGCCUGGUCAGCUACGCCAGCCUGGUGGCCACCAACGCAGCGCGGCUUCGCUUGAUCGCAGGGCCAGAGAAGCGGCUGCUAGAGAUGGGCCUGAGGCGGGCUCAGGGCCCCGAUGGGGGCCUGACAGCCUCCACCUACAGCUACCUGGGCGGCUUCGACAGCAGCAGCAACGUGCUAGCGGGCCAGCUGCGAGGUGUGCCGGUGGCCGGGACCCUGGCCCACUCCUUCGUCACUUCCUUUUCAGGCAGCGAGGUGCCCCCUGACCCGAUGUUGGCGCCAGCAGCUGGUGAGGGCCCUGGGGUGGACCUGGCAGCCAAAGCCCAGGUGUGGCUGGAGCCCGUGUGUGCCCACCUGGGGCUGGGGGUGCAGGAGCCGCACCCAGGCGAGCGGGCAGCCUUUGUGGCCUAUGCCUUGGCUUUUCCCCGGGCCUUCCAGGGCCUCCUGGACUCCUACAGCGUGUGGAGGAGUGGUCUGCCCAACUUCCUAGCAGUCGCCCUGGCCUUGGGAGAGCUGGGCUACCGGGCAGUGGGCGUGAGGCUGGACAGUGGCGACCUGCUACAGCAGGCUCAGGAGAUCCGCAAGGUCUUCCGAGCUGCUGCAGCGCAGUUCCAGGUGCCCUGGCUGGAGUCAGUCUCCAUCGCAGUCAGCAACAACAUUGACGAGGAGGCGCUGGCCCGACUGGCCCAGGAGGGCAGUGAGGUGAAUGUCAUUGGCAUUGGCACCAGUGUGGUCACCUGCCCCCAACAGCCUUCCCUGGGCGGCGUCUAUAAGCUGGUGGCCGUCGGGGGCCAGCCGCGAAUGAAGCUGACCGAGGACCCUGAGAAGCAGACGUUGCCUGGGAGCAAGGCUGCUUUCCGGCUCCUGGGCUCUGACGGGUCUCUACUCAUGGACGUGCUGCAGUUAGCAGAAGAGCCGGAGCCACAGGCUGGGCAGGAGCUGAGGGUGUGGCCUCCAGGGGCCCAGGAGCCCUGUACCGUGAGGCCAGCCCAGGUGGAGCCACUACUGCGGCUCUGCCUCCAGCAGGGACAGCUGUGUGAGCCGCUCCCAUCCCUGGCAGAGUCUAGAGCCUUGGCCCAGCUGUCCCUGAGCCAACUCAGCCCUGAGCACAGGCGGCUGCGGAGCCCUGCACAGUACCAGGUGGUGCUGUCCGAGAGGCUGCAGGCCCUGGUGAACAGUCUGCGUGCAGGGCCGUCCCCCUGAGACUCGGAGUGGGGCUGCCUGGAAAUAACACGAAUCACUCACUUUUCCCCACA